AUGGUUAAAGCAAUGACACAUAAUGGAGCCUACGACUACGUUCCAUCCUCUUCCCUGGCUCCGUAUUCUGGUAUCGUAGCUCGGGCCCAUGACAGACGUGAUGUAGCCGCUAUGUCAGCUCGUAUUCAGAAAAUGGAACGAGCACUUGAUCUAACUAAAUACAUUCAACAAGUUGAAAAGCUGUUGGCUCAGCCUAUAAAAAUUCCCGGCUCAACGCUAGUUCAUCACCAAACUCGCGGACUGCCGGGUAAUCGACGGCCAAGUAUUUUCUCUGCCAAAGGAAUUUAUCCUACGGAAGAAAUACGGAAACACAAGCUCUCGAAAUUGUUCAACUUCCAACAUGUGAAAGAGCGGGAAUGGCUCCAGGAGAUUUUACUCGAGGAAAGCGAUUCGGACGAUGAUGGAGAGAUGGCAUUCACAGUACGCGACAUUCGUGCUGCAGUCAAGGUUCAUCAGAUGCGUCGUAAACUUCAGAAACGUUACCAUAGUGAUCGAUCAAACAGCCAAUUCACCUACUAUUCGGCUGGACUACUCAGCAACGACGAUCCAUUCCCAGAGCAUCAGUCGACAAUUCUGCGGAACCUGACGGCAAAUCGAUUGGAGUGA